AAGUAAAUAAAAGAUUUUGACUUUUAAAAAGAAAAAGUUGUUGUUCUGGUUUCACUUCUGGUUUAGCCAGCCAUAAAGCUCGAAGAAACUACCUAUAGAACACAAAAAACUGUUGACAACUGAGGGCAUGUUUAUCGUCAGCUGUUAGGCUGGGAUCUUAUGAUUAAUGGCAUUAAAAACAAAAAGGAAAACAUGAAUUAAGCGAAGACUCAUCCUUUAAUUAAGGGAGCGAAGGCACGUCCCUUGCGAGCCACGUGUCUAUUAUUCAUUCGACCAAACCGAAGUGGGUCUGUAGGUUUCGUAUCUUUUCUUCUUUUCCUUCUUUCUCUCUUCCUUCGCUCCUCUCUUCGCCGACCCAAAAGGCGAUUUCUCUUCUUCUCGGGGUUCUCCUCCACGAAACGUCGUCCCCUCACGGUGGCUCUUGUCGAUGAUGGAAAUCGGCGUCCUCUCUAUCGGUUUCUCUCCUCGACCAAAGAAAACGGCGAGAUCUAUCUCGUGUUGGCUGUCGGAGACGAAGGAGAACGGUGACUUUUUCAAGCGAAUCGAAAGAUCGAGUGAUCAAGAGGCAUGAUCCAGGAUAAACCUUUCUCUUUGUCAGACGAAAACCCCAAGAUUUUUGACAAAGAUGGCAAGAUCAAGAGGCAUGCUCAAGGUUAAGGAAGGAUGAAGAAAGCAGAGAGUGAUGGUUUCUCGGUCACCGUUGCAUUGUCUUGUGAUAGUGGGCGAAACACAUACCCAUUGUUGAUAGAGGUGAGCGAGUAUGUCGGAGGCAAGAGAGAGAGGUGAAGUGGUGAAGAAGAGAAAGUGUGAGGUCUGUGAUUUUAGAAGAACACGCGAGAGAGGUGAAGUGGUGAAAGCACGAGAGUGGGCUGUCUGUGUAGUCACGAGAAAUGUAUGUCUGUGUGUGUCACGUUAAAUGUUUUUGUCCUUGGAGUCUUGUCUGUGUGUGUCACGAGUCUGAGUUGUUGUUGUUGUCUAUGUGUGUCACGAGUCUGAGUUGUUGUUGUUGUUGUUGUCCGUGUGUGUCACGAGGUCACAAGAUUGUGUAAAAGAACACUUAUAAAUUGGUUUGUAUUCUCACCAUAAUCUCAUGCUCUUCUCUCCAUUUGCUUUUUACUAUAAUCUCAUGUACUUCUCUCCAAAACGAUUCUCACCAUUCUCUUCUUUCAUAAGAAAACAAUUAUAUCUUGUAACCAAGAAUCUCUUUUUUGAUAAGAAAAGUUUUCCAUCUCUUCUUUCCCGGGAAAAUAAAUUCAAUCUUGUAACCCCAAAAAAUUUCCAUCACUUAUUUCACAGAAGAAAAUAUAUAUAUUAUCAUCUCAUAGCAUCUUCUUCUCAAAACAAUUUCGAAGAGUCAAUUGACGAAACUUUCGAUCAAUAUUUUGAUCAACAUUUUGAUCAAACAUUUCAGAAUCUGUUCAAUGAUCAAGGUGAUCAAGAAGAUGAAAGGAGGACAAGAAAAAAAACAAGUUUUUAUCGAACGAAACCGUGAAGAAGGACAUCUCGAGUUAUGGAAUGAUUAUUUCAGUGACACUCCCACAUAUCCUGAAAAUCUAUUCAGAUGACGAUUUCGAAUGAACAAGCCAUUGUUCAUGCGUAUUGUUGAUCGCCCCUCCAAUGAAGUUCAAUUCUUUCGUCAAAAGCAAGACGUUACCGGAAGACUUGGUCUAUCUGCACUUCAAAAGUGUACAGCAGCUAUUCGUGUGUUGGCAUAUGGUUCUGCGCUUGAUGCGGUCGACGAAUACCUCCGGCUCGGUGCAACCACAGCUCGGUUAUGGGUGGAAAACUUUUUGGAAGCAAUAAUAAAUUUGUUCGGAGAUGAGUACCUAAGAAGACCAACACCGGCUGAUCUUCAGCGUCUUCUUCAUAUUGGAGAGCUUCGUGGAUUUCCCGGGAUGAUAGGAAGCAUCGAUUGUAUAUAUUGGGAGUGGAAGAAUUGUCCCACGGCUUGGAAAGGCCAAUAUUCUCGUGGUUCGGGAAAACCCACAAUCGUUUUAGAUGCGGUUGCUUCAUAUGAUUUCUGGAUAUGGCAUGCGUUUUUUGGACCUCCAGGUACCUUAAAUGAUAUUAAUGUUCUUGAUCGCUCACCGGUUUUUGAUGACAUAAUAAAUGGUCGAGCCCCGCAAGUGAAUUUCUCGGUCAACGGAAGAGAGUACCAUUUGGCUUACUAUCUCACCGAUGGUAUUUAUCCAAAAUGGACAACUUUUAUCCAAUCUAUUUCAAUUCCACAAGGGCCAAAAGCAGUUUUAUUUGCGCAACGUCAAGAAGCUGUCCGAAAAGAUGUCGAGCGGGCUUUCGGAGUUUUGCAAGCUCGAUUUGCCAUUGUUAAAAAUCUGGCACUUUGUUGGGAUAAAGUCAAGAUUGGGAAGAUUAUGAGAGCAUGCAUCAUACUCCAUAAUAUGAUAGUAGAAGACGAACGAGAUGAAUACACUGAAUAUGAUGUCUCAGAUUUCCAACAAGGAGAAGGGAGCGGAAGUUCACAUGUUGAUCUCACCUAUUCUACAGAUAUCCCUACUAAUAUCGCCAACCAGAUGGGUGUUCGAACAAAAAUUCGUGAUAGACAAGCGCAUGAACAACUAAAAGGUGAUUUGGUUGAACAUAUAUGGCGUAAAUUCGGAAGUGAUCAAGACAACAACUGAACUUCGAUGCCGCUUUGAAAUUAUUAUCGUUUAUUUCCGUAAUAUUUGUUUUUAUGUUUUUAUGUUUCUAUUUUAAAAUCUAUGUUUAAAAUGUUAAGUUUGACUUUGUUUUAUUUAAUAAAUAAAUUUAAUUUUUGUUUAAAA